UCUGCUACUCCUCCUCCUCGGGAUCGAUAAACCAUUUAUAAAUUCCAAAGCCUCCCUCACUGUUCUCUGCCGUUCUUGGCUCCCCCAUUCACACAUAACUACUUCAUUUACACUGUAACGGAGUACAUAUCUUCGGAAAGGUGAAGCAGAAAGGGCCCACCCAACAACGUCAUUUCCUAAGCCCAAUCCGCCUUCGCUCCAUCGCACCAAAUCGACCCAAUCGAAACAAUCCGCCCGCCCUUUCACAUCCUACGACUACGACUACGCCUACGCCUACCAAUUUACCACUAAAUUCACACGACUACCCGCGGACUACCCUAGGACGAGUACGAGUAAUAAUCAUCGUCACCCUAACUACGUGAUUGUCAUUAUAACUCCCCCUCCUGGCUUUCCCGAAACCCAUUCCCUCACUACAUACAACUACUGCCAUAUGUCCCCCCGUCCGGUCGACCGGUCACCACCUAAAGUCCAAUCCCAAAAACGUUACCAGUCAGGGCAAACAGACAUGCCAUCCACCAGGUCGCCUCUCUCUCCCAAGAUGGACUCACUCACCAUGCCCUCCCAAGCCUCCCGCCGCCCUCAUGGUACUCGCCAACUCUCCGUAGGCAGCCCUGGUGCCCUGAGGCUCCCAUCUCUACCGCGUUUCCACCCAGCCAACUUCGCCUCUCAGAACUCCAGCACCACCGCGACACCUUCCACAAACCCAAACAGCCCUCAGGCUCCCCUCUCACCUCGGAGGCAAUACCACGCCCAGAUGCAGUUCCAGAUGUACCAGAGCUCUCUCAAACCACGAGGCCCUGGCGCGAAGCCCACCAGCCCACGUCUCAUUCCUAUGGGCAGCCCUGGACCCGUUACACCUCUUGAGCUCGCAGGCGAUGGUACUGAUGGAGGGUACCUUACUGCAGGAGUCCGUACCAACGAUACCUCUUCUCAUGUCGACAAGCUCAUCCGCGAGGAGGCCAUCCGACGAGGCGAGAUCUCUCCUGGAAGAACUACAUCGGUUGGUGGUCGGUGACUGACCGACAACAAGCACCAUCACAAGCAGCCGCCUUCUCGUUAUCAUCCAAGGAGUUUGGCUGGUAUCCAGUACGGGCGCUAGCCACACACAGAUUGAAGUUU